AUGGAGUCCUCGCUAGCAUCAAUUCAAGCCUUAGUAGACCAAAUUAAGCAAGAGAUGUUCUCAACCUCUAACUUUUACUCAUUUGUUUCCCCAUCUGCCUAUGACACUGCAUGGAUAGCCAUGGUUCCACACAUUCAACAAAGUGGUUGUCCCAUGUUCAAGGGUUACUUGGAUUGGGUUCUAAACAACCAAAAAGAAGAGGGUUUUUGGGGUGAAGUUGGCAAUGAUGGUCUUCCCACCAUUGAUAGCCUUCCAACAACUCUUGCUUGCAUGGUUGCACUCAAAACAUGGGGUGUUGGCCAAAAUAACAUAAAGAAAGGUUUGGAAUUUAUUCAUGCGAACUCCAAGAUGCUUCUCAAAUUGAAAGGUUGUCAUCUUCCUCGUUGGUUUGCGAUUGUUUUCCCUGCAAUGGUUGAACUUGCACAAGCAGCAGGUCUAGAGGUUGUGUUUCCUAUCGAAAUAGAACGGGUCAUAUCCAAUAUUUCUUUCCAAAGGCAACAAAUCCUUGAAACGGAAGAACUUGUAGAUAAGUACCAUUAUCCUCCCUUAUUAUCAUAUUUGGAGGCAUUGCCCCCAUCAUAUGUUAUUCAUUCCGAAGAUAUAGUGAUGAAUUUAAGUGAAGAUGGCUCGCUAUUCCAAUCGCCCUCUGCCACAGCACAUGCAUUUCUAGCUACAAGAAACCAAAAAUGCAUGGACUACAUAGAAUCUCUUGUUCAAAGAUGUCCCAAUGGAGUUCCACCUAUGUAUCCUGUUGACGCAGAGCUCAUAAGCCUUUGUAUGGUUAACCAAAUACAAAGAUUAGGAUUAGCCGAGCAUUUCACUAAAGAGAUUGAAGAAAUUUUGGAACAUAUUUACUGGACUUACAAGAACCAAGAAUUAGAGGUAACAAAAGUUAAUCUAGUACCGGCAAAAAUUUUCAAAGACUCUUUGGCAUUUCGACUACUGCGGAUGCAUGGCUAUGAUGUAACACCAAGGAGCUUCUGUUGGUUUCUAUAUCAAGAAGACAUCAUGGUUCAUAUGGAACAAAAUAGUGAAUAUUUCGCAAGUGCACUAUAUAAUGUUAAUAGAGCAACGGACCUUAUGUUUUCUGGAGAAUUUGAACUAGAGCAGGCCAGAUUAUUCUCAAGUAAAUUGCUCGAGAAAGUCCUAGCGCUCAAAAAUGAAACCGAUAAUCUUGCCAUCCUUCCAAAUUUUCAUAGAGUGAUUGAGCAUGAGUUGGGUCUUCCAUGGAUUGCUCGACUUGACCAUCUUGAUCAUAGAAUGUGGAUUGAAGAAAAUAAAGUUGACACCCUAUGGAUUGGAAAGGCUUGCUUCUAUAGGUUAUCAUGUAAGCACAAUGACAAGCUAAUGCAACUUGCUGUGGAGAACUACGAGUUUCGACAAUCAAUUUACAGGAACGAAUUGGACGAACUCAAAAGGUGGUCCAAGGAGUGGGGGCUUAGUGAUAUGGGAUUUGGGAGGGAGAAAACGACCUAUUGCUACUUUGCUGUUGCCUCCAGCACUUCACUACCUCACAAUUCUAUUGCUCGAAUGAUAGUUGCAAAGAGUGCUAUACUUGUUACAGUUGCCGAUGAUUUUUUUGAUAUGGAAGGCUCUUUGAAUGACUUACAAAACUUGACUCUAGCAGUUCAAAGGUUUUUUAAUUUAAUUUGUUUUACUUUAUCCUAUUGUUUUGGUUGCAAUCUAGCACCUCUCAUCUCAUCUUCUCGCUUUUUUUUAUUUAUUAAUAGAUGGGAUGGUAAAGGCUUAAGUGGUCAUGGUAAGAUUAUCUUUUGUGCCCUUGACAAUUUUGUGAGUGACAUUGCUGCAAAACACCUCCAUCAAAAAGGAAGUGACAUCAUGGAAAAUCUUCAGGAUAUGUGGAGGGAAACAUUUGUUUCAUGGAUGAUGGAAACUAUGUGGAGCAAGAGCGAAUAUUUACCAUCCAUGGACGAAUACCUUGAAACCGGCAUGACAUCUAUCGCUACAAACGUCAUAGCUCUUCCCGCUUCAUGUUUCCUAAACCCUGGCUUACCAAACUAUAAACUCAAGCCUACUCAAUAUGAAACUAUCACAAAAUUGCUUAUGGCUUCGGCUCGUUUGUUGAAUGACAUUCAAAGUUAUCAGAAGGAGAUAGCAGUUGGAAAAAAGAACCUUGUAAUGCUAUAUUUGAAUGAAAAUCCACUGGCAGACAUGGAAAAGUCAAUUGCUUAUGUGAAGGAGAUGCUCGACGAAAAGAAGAAAGAGUUACUCAAGCAUGCUUUAAUUGACGGCUUCAAUGAUUUGCCUAAACCAUGCAAGCAUUUCCAUCUAUCAUGUCUAAAAGUAUUUCAGAUGUUUUUCAACUCUAAUAAUGUAUAUGACUCCACCGCUGACCUACUUCAUGACAUAAAAAAGGCGAUUUAUAUUCCUCUAGAAUAUCAAAUUCCUAAACCAUUGAAGCCUCUACGCCCAUUGCCUACCAAGCACAAUAACGAAUCUUCAAAAGUUCAAGCAUGUUUCAUCAAAACCUUCAAAUAUCAGGGCACCAAAAAAUUCAUUGGACAACAGUUUACGAGGACUAAUUCAAGAAUAGGUUGUGAGAAAGUGAUCGUUCCACCAAAAUUCAAUUUAUGCUUCAUAUAA